AGGCAGGCGAUCGACAAGGUGAUGCCGGAACAGAUCUCCCGUUACCACGACGACUGCCAGGCCCACGCCCAGGCCAGGGCCGCUAAGAUGGUGGAGGAGAGUAAAGAGCGAGAACAGAAGGAGAACACAGGAUCAGAGGAGGAUGAGGGGGAGGAGAGGAGUGGUAAACGAGUGGUGGGCCCCAGGAAGAAAUUCAGAUGGAACCAAGAGAUCAGGGAGUGCCUGUGCAGUGCUGUUCGGGUGAGGAUGGACCGAUUCGAAGUGGAGAAAGGUGAGACGCAGGGACCGGAGGAGUUCCUGAAAAGUUUCUUGGACACGGAGAUCAAAGCCCUCUGGCCUAAAGGCUGGAUGCAGCCCAGAGUGCUGCUGAAGGAGAGUAGAAGGGUCCACUGCCCCACUGCACCUCUACAGCAAGUGAAGAGGAGGUCUGUGAAGAAACAGUCCUCUUUGGGCGGUGCUCCAACUCUUCCAGGGACCUCCAGUGGGCCUGGGGAGCCUCAGGUUUUCCUAGGAGUUCAACCCCAGAACGGUUCACCUCUUCUGGGCUCAGGCGUAUCCACAACCCGCCAGAAUCUAGAUGACUCUCUGGACCAGGGUCACAUCCUCACACCCCCCUCUUUAGGGGUUGUGAAGGAGGAGCUACCUGAGCUGAGGGGGGAGGAGAGUUGCCGGCCAGAUUUUGGUUUCCCCAUCGCUGUGUUGACCCCCUACGAUGAUUUGAAGCCUUUGUCUGUCAGCAUGUCAGCCAAUGCCAACACACAUGCUCAGUCAACGACCGCGAACACACCCCCUCAGGCAAACACUCACUCCCAGUCUCCUCUGACCGUGCUCGCUAACCAGGCGCUGGCGCAAGUCCACAUCCACAAAGACUACAUUUCCCAGGGGCACCUAGCAUUGACGCAGGACCUUUCACUCCAGAAGAAGAAGAAGAAGAAACGGGUUUCUGAGGCGUCUGCACGGAGCUUGCCUGCUCCAGGACACAAACCCUCUCCAGGACACAAACCCUCUCCAGGACACAAACCCUCUCCAGGACACAAACCGGCUCCAGGACACAAACCGGCUCCAGGACACAAACCGGCUCCAGGACACAAACCGGCUCCAGGACACAAACCGGCUCCAGGACACAAACCGGCUCCUGGACUUCCUGGAAUCCCUCUACUCCAUGCCCUGGGUUUCCCGCUCUCCGACUUCGGACCAGGAACCAUGGGAACGCUGACCCAGUCACAACAUUCCAAAGACGCCCUGGUCACCGGCACCACUCCCGGAACGUUCCACCACGGACUCACGCACAAUGGCAGCCAGCUGGUGGGAGAGGGACCCAACGCUCAGAGAACUACAGUGAUCCAAUCCCUCCGACAGUGAACAUCGACAAUGGACACGUGCAUUACAAAUGGGGGGGGGGGGGGUUGUGAAAAAAUAAUAAUGAGAACUGGAUGUAAAGGCCUAUUGAGCCUGGAAUAAUGAUCUUGGAAACAAGACGUUGGAAUGUCUGAGCCCCUCCUGAACAGGUUAGAUGGAACAUUCCUCGUCAGCGAUGGGGUGAAACAUCUUCAAUGGGUCACAGAGCUGCAUGUGUAUCACUGGCUCGCACACUGGUGUUAUGAGGAACUUACUGAAUUGACUGUGCCAUAUUAACGUAUUAUUGAUAGUCUGGUCAUUCAAAUCAUGUAACCACAUUGGUAGCACGUUGUAA